UGUAAUAUGCGCGUCAAACCGGCGUAUGGGCUCAUUACCAUGCAGCGCGCGUUGAAUGAAUGGUUGCAUUAAUGGUUGGACAGCAAAGAUCGGAUCUGAUCUGUGAUGUCACACGUCAGUAAUGGGAGAAACUCAACACCAACUGGAGCCGGAGAUGAACACGGCUCCCCUCGCACCACUGCAAGUUACGGCAUCGGCAGAGACUUUACUGCCUGGAGGUAGAGCGCGGAUCUGGGGCUGUCCGCUUUGCAUGAAGUGUCUCAGUAUCAAUAAACCAAUGAAGCCAACACGGGAUUUCUGAAAUGCAUGCAGCACACAAACCUCACAUAUAGCGACCAGUUUGCGGCGUAUGUGACUAUUUCGCUGUCUUUUUUUUGAAUCGCAAAGGAGUUUGGUAAAAAAGCUCAGUGAGUGGGAAUCGUGCAUUCUGGAUACCCCCCUGCCAUGAGGAAAUUUUGAGUUUUUUUUUUUUAUUAUUCACUUAAAUCCUGUUUAGUGUUUACCAAGGGAUAGCUAAUGAACCGGCGUCCUUUAGCUUGGAAUACUUCUUUCACCUAGAUCUCAGCUGCUUGGACAAAUGCAUACAAAUGCAUUUAGGAGCCCAACGGACAAGGAGUGGAAAUAUUUCUGCCACAGAAAAAACGAGAACUGUCCUCCUCUUGCUAUUUACAAUAUGCACAUCAGCCCUGUUUGCCAAAGGACACUCUCCGGUGCAAGGUGUAGAUCUCCUUUAUCCGCUGAGCCUUACAGGCAGCAAAGAGAGACACUCCAAGGAGGUGACUCCUCACCCAUCAUCCACUUCUUCACCUUCUCCUCAGGGCCUCCUCCUCUCAGGAGCUGGUGUGGUGCUCAGAAGCGGUGCUCACAUUGAUGGUCCCAUCACUGGGCUCUUCCCCACUGGGAUCGGGGAUGACUUCUCCUUUGUUGUGUGUUUAAGUGCUUGGCGAGCGAACAAUGCUUUCCUUGUCAGCAUCACAAACAGCAAGAACAGACUACAAUUUGGCAUUCAGCUCCUCCCCAAGAAGGUGGUGGUGUAUAUCACAGAGAAGACGUCGGUCUACUUUAAAUAUGAUGUACUUAACGGGCCAUGGCAUUCGUUUGCCAUCGGCGUGCGCCCGCGCUCUGUGUCCUUCUAUGCGGAAUGUGGAGGCGUGCGUUACAGUGAACAAACGAUCGCCAGACCUCAAGAGCUAGGCCCCGAUAGCCAGCUCACCGUCGGAAGGAUGAACCUCAAAGCUGUCCAGUUCGAAGGUGUCAUAUGCCAGCUGGAUGUGUACCCCACAGCGCAGGCUGCUGCACACUAUUGCGACUACAUAAAAAAACAGUGCCGAUUGGCCGAUACAUAUCGAUCACCCCCUCCAUCCCUUGAGCAAGGAUCAAAUGACCCUCCCAAAUCAGACCUCCCUCUUCUGGAUGCCCAGGUUAGAUCAACAGUGUCUACAGGUUCCUGGAAGCACAGAAAUGUUUCCCAGUAUGGAACAGCCUCCACCUCUGAGAGCUAUCCAACAAAAAGUAAGCCCACAGAAUCCAGAACUUCUGUAAUUCCCGAUGUAAGGAGUGCUAAAGAAAAAGCUAUGCUGCUAAGCACCGUGGCAGACCGCUCACCCCCUACAAAUGUGGGUGUUCAGGCUACGCUGGAUGACACUGUAAGGAGAACCGCUUCAUUAGUGGAAGAGGUCCAUUUGUCUGAUAAAAGCAAAGAUGCCAAGGAGGUCUCCACCGCAGUCUCUCCUACGACGCCGGAGAGCUGGAUCAAGGAGGGACUCAUGUUGGCCAACACCAGCCAGCAUCAACGACUGGCUGACAAGCUGACUCAGGUAUUGUCGAAAACCAACAGCACGCUCUACAGGAACCCUGAUGAGAACCAGAUCCAGGUGGAGAAUUCAGAGGAACGCAGUUAUGAAGCGGAAUAUGACGCCUAUACUGGGAAUUAUGACUAUGGCUAUGAAGAAGCUGACUUUUCCUUUGACUAUGAUGGCCUCUGGGGACCAAAAGGGGAACCGGGCCCUCCGGGUCCUCCCGGUCCUCCUGGCUUGCCCGGGCCUUUCGGAAAACGCGGACCUCGAGGCCCACCUGGUCUGCACGGAAACCCUGGAUUACCUGGUCUACCUGGUCCCAAGGGUUCCAAGGGUGAUCCAGGAAUGUCCCCAGGUCAGGCACCGAAAGGAGAAAAGGGCGAUAGGGGCCCCUCAGGUCUACCAGGUCCGCCUGGUUUACCAGGUCAAAUGGGUCCAAAGGGAUACCCCGGGUUGCCAGGACUGCCGGGCGAACAGGGUUUGCCAGGAUUGCCUGGUUUGCCUGGGGAAGCAGGUUACCCUGGCAGGCAGGGAUUGGCUGGGCCAGAGGGCAACCCAGGUCCCAAAGGUGUUAGAGGCUUCAUUGGACCUCCUGGUGUUGCAGGACCUCCUGGACUGGAGGGAGAAAGAGGGAUUCCUGGUCCAGUUAGCAAGGAAGGACCCAAAGGAAGACAGGGUGUAGCUGGAGAUGUGGGUGAGAGGGGUCCUCCAGGUCCGGACGGAGAAAAAGGCCCUGUCGGUGUUCCUGGAAUCGGAGGUUUCCCGGGUCUCAGGGGCGAGCUGGGGCCUGAAGGACCCCGGGGACCACCAGGAAUAGUAGGACCUCAGGGCCUGAGUGGACGUGCUGGACCACCUGGAUUGAAAGGUGAUAAGGGGGAUCCUGGAUUUACAGGCGAGCCCGGAGACGGCGGAUACCCAGGUGACAAGGGUGCAGUAGGCUUACCAGGACCACCAGGCAUCCGAGGGAGACCUGGACCAUCCGGGAAAAUCGGCGAGCCAGGACCACCUGGGCCUCCAGGCCCACCCGGCCCAGAGGGUUUUCCUGGAGAUAUUGGAACCCCGGGUCCCAAUGGCCCACUUGGAGUAAAGGGUGUUCAAGGUGCUAGAGGCCCAGUGGGGCCACCUGGACCUAUAGGACUCGAGGGAGACGAGGGACCCAUUGGCCCACCGGGAAUCCCUGGCCCAGUGGGAAGGCCAGGCAGGAAGGGAUACAUAGGCGAACCUGGACCAGGGGGGCCAAUGGGUGAAACUGGAGACCCAGGAAAUGCAGGGAAAAUUGGACCACAAGGACCAGUGGGAUUAAUUGGAACUCCUGGUGUAAUCGGAGUUCAUGGUGAAAAGGGUGACCGUGGUCCUUCUGGUCCAUUGGGUCCUCCUGGAGAAAAGGGGUCCAUGGGGUAUCCCGGAUUACCAGGGACACCCGGUGAUGCUGGUCCACAAGGCCCACCCGGACCAUCGGGACAGAGAGGGUCGCUUGGAACACCGGGCCUCAAAGGCAGGAGGGGGCCACGAGGUCUAGACGGUCUUCCAGGAGAGCCCGGACCUGAAGGUGUCAAGGGAGAACGUGGAGUAGCAGGAAGGAAGGGAAACCCUGGCUUCAUCGGAAAGGCGGGGAGUCCUGGAGAAAGAGGCCUGUCGGGCAUCUCUGGCACCCCAGGGUUUCCUGGAAGUACAGGGGAGAGGGGACCUCCGGGGGAAUCUGGACCCAGAGGACCAGCAGGGGACCGAGGACCGGAGGGCGAAAUCGGCCUUGAGGGACCUAUUGGGCCAGAGGGAGAGCCUGGUCCAGUGGGUGAACCCGGGCCCAAGGGAGAAAUUGGGCUUCCUGGAGAUGAAGGGGAGCAGGGGCAGGAAGGAAUCAGAGGUCUGCCCGGUCUCAUUGGUGAAGAUGGAGUUCAAGGAAAGGACGGGCCCAAGGGGAGGCUGGGAGACCAUGGGCGUGUUGGGGAGCUGGGGGACAAAGGUGAAGAGGGAAUCGCGGGGCCUCCAGGCCUUCCCGGGGAAACGGGAAAGCGUGGUUUUCCGGGUCCUGAAGGCAAACAAGGACCUCCAGGCAAUCGUGGCCGCCAUGGGAAAAAGGGUGAGAAAGGUCUGCCAGGACCGGCUGGUGAAACCGGGCCGCGUGGCGAUACUGGAAUGAUGGGAGAAAAGGGGCCGAAAGGGGCCCGAGGCACCAGAGGCCCUCCGGGCCCACUGGGACCAAUGGGUCCUGAGGGGCUGCCAGGAAUUAUGGGAUAUUCUGGUCACCCGGGCAAGCCUGGACCUAUCGGACCACCUGGCCCAAAAGGGGAAAAGGGCUACCCAGGAGAGGAUAACAAAUCUCCGGGACCACCGGGACCCAUAGGUGAACCAGGUCCUGCCGGCAAGCGAGGGGAGCGGGGGGAGCCGGGGGAAGAUGGAUAUCAGGGUCACAUUGGCAUUACUGGACCUAGAGGUGCCAUUGGACAGCAAGGGCCACCAGGUAAGCCUGGGGAACCUGGAGAGCAAGGACCCAAUGGAGAGAAGGGCAAACAGGUGUGCAAACUUAUACCCGUAUAUAAUGUAUACAGUGCCAGUCAGGGCAGACAGGUGUGCAAACUUAUACCCAUAUAUAAUGUGUACAGUGCCAGUCACGACAGACAGGUGUGCAAACUUAUACCCGUAUAUAAUGUGUACAGUGCCAGUCAGGGCAAACAGGUGUGCAAACUUAUACCCGUAUAUAAUGUGUACAGUGCCAGUCAGGGCAAACAGGUGUGCAAACUUAUAGCCGUAUAUAAUGUUUACAGUGCCAGUCAGGGCAAACAGGUGUGCAAACUUAUACCCAUAUAUAAUGUGUACAGUGCCAGUCACGACAGACAGGUGUGCAAACUUAUACCCGUAUAUAAUGUGUACAGUGCCAGUCAGGGCAAACAGGUGUGCAAACUUAUACCCGUAUAUAAUGUGUACAGUGCCAGUCAGGGCAAACAGGUGUGCAAACUUAUACCCGUAUAUAAUGUGUACAGUGCCAGUCAGGGCAAACAGGUGUGCAAACAUAUACCCAUAUAUAUGGGACUCAGAAGGUUGCUGGUUCAAAUUCCAUGGUUGGCAGAAUGAUCCCACCAUUGGGCCCUUGAACAAGGCCCUUAACCCCAUUUGCUCCACGGUCUGGUGUCUCCUCUACACCAGUUUCAUGAGGUGGUCUCCUGGGAUGCUUUUCCAGCUGUCCUGAAGGAGGUCCCAUAUAUAUGCUGAGCACUCAUUGGCCGCUUUUCCUUCACUCUCUGGUCAAACUCCUCCAAAACCAUGUCUACUGGGUUUAGGUCAGGUAGCCAGGUCAUACGAUGUGACAUUAUCACUGUCCUCUGCAGGCGACUUGAUGUGUCCAAACCUAUCAGAAUCAGCUUUAUUCGCCAAGUGUGCUGGGGCACAACAAGGAAUUUGCUUCCGGCUGCUUGAGACUCCCUAGGACACAGACAAUAAAUGACACUAUACAAACAAUAAAUUGCACUAUACAAGAAAUAAAAUUUGAAAUAUACACACAUGGGUAACCCACUGUAUAGGUGUGAGGUUGAGUGCAAACAGAGUUUAAGGGUGGAAAAUUGACAGAAGGCAGGUGACACAGCUUAGCUGUUUAAGAGGGUAAUGGCCUGAGGGAAGAAGCUGCUCCUAUGUCAGGUGGUUUUUGUGUACAGAGUUCUGUAGCGCCUGCCAGAGGGGAAGAGCUGGAAAAGAUUGUGUUCAGGGCGAGUACAGUGGUUGGACGGAAUGGAUGGAAGGUAGGGGGACACCGAUGAUUUAUUCCGCUGCCCCCACUGUUCGCUGCAGUCUUCUUUGGUCCUGCUUAGUGGUUGCUCCAAACCACAAUGCGAUUGAUGAGCAAAGGACAGACUCAAUAACUGCAGUGUAGAACUGGCUCAGCAGCUCCCGUGGCAGACCGUACCCGUGGCUGCAGGAAGUACAUCCUUUGCUGGGCCUUUUUGAGUGUGGAGUUGAUGUUGGGAAAUGGUUGUUCCCAGAAACUUAAAGGUCUGCAUCAUUGCCACAGGGUUGUUGGAUAUAGUGAAAGGAGGAAGUGCCUGACAGUGCCUCCUAAAGUCCACUGUCAUCUCCACAGUCUUGAGCGUGUUAAGCUCCAGGUUGUUCUGACUGCACCAGAACACCAGCCGGUCAACCUCCCGCCGAUUUGCAGAUUCGUCACCAUCUUGGAUAAGUCCGAUGACUGUAGUGUCAUCUGCAAACUUCACGAAUUUGACCGCUGGGUCAUUGGAGGUGCAGUCAUUUGUGUAGAAGGAGAAGAGCAGUUGAAGAGAACACAACCCUGGAGAGCACCAGUGCUGACUGUCUGUGUACCAGAAGACACGUCCCCCAGCCUCACAUGCUGCUUCCUGUCUGUUAGAAAGCUGGUGAUCCACUUCCAGAGUUUGGAGGAAAGGAUUUCGGGAAUGAUUGUGUUAAAAGCUGAGCUGAAGUCCACAAACAGGAUCCAUGCAUAAGCCCCGGGUAGUCCAGGUAUUUCAGGAUCAAGUGCAGACCCAUGUUGAUUGAGUUGUCUACUGACCUGUUUGUCCGGUAGGCAAACUGUAGGGAAUCAAGCAGGUGGUCAGUGGUGUUCUUCAGAUGGGCUAGCACCGGUUGUUCAAACAACUUCAUGAUUACAGACGUCAGAGCGACAGGCCUAUAGUCAUUCAGUCCUGUGAUGGAGGGUUUCUUGGGGACUGGGAUGAUGGUGGAGCUUUUGAACCAGGAGGGGACUUCACACAGCUCCAGGGAUCUGUUGAAGAUCUGGAUAUCUGUUGGUCAGCACAGACUUUGAGACAGGAGGGGGAGACACCGUCUGGGCCAGAUACUUUCCUGGUUUUCUGUUUCUGGAAGAGCUGGAUUACAUCCUUUUUGCAUAUCCUGUGUAGCCUGUGUAUCCGAGGGGGGAGGGGGGACUGCCAGAGGUGUGAUGGAGGCUCUUGUUGUUGGCCUGGAGUGGGGUGUGAAUUUGUUUCUCUCAAACCUACAAUAGAAAUCAUUCAGGUGAUCAGCCAGGUCUUUGUUUGUCUCAGCAGGGAGGGAUGGUCUCCUGUGGUUAGUAAUCUCAUGCAGGCCUCCCCAUACUGCUGCAGGGUCAUUGGCUGAAAACCUGUUCUUCAGCUUUUCUGCAUAGCUUCUUUUAGCCACUUUGACCUCCUUAGCCUGUAGGUUUCUGGUCUGCUUGUACAGGGCUCUGUCCCCACUUCUGUAGGCAUCCUCCUUGGUCUGACGAAGUAAACGUAGACUUGCCGUGAACCAUGGCUUGUUAUUGUUAAAUGUGCAGGAGGUCUUGGAUGGGACACGUGUCUUCACAGAAACUGAUAUAUGAUGUCACAGUGUCAGACCAUUCAUUCAGGUUGUUGGUUGCAGCUCUAAAAAUGCUCCAGUCAGUACAGUCAAAGCAGUCCUGUAGUUCCUGCUUCGCCUCAUUAGUCCAUUUCUUUACUGUCUUGACCACAGGCUUAGCCGAUUUCAGUUUCUGCCUGUAUGUAGGGAUGAGAUGGACCAGACAGUGAUCAGAGUGCCCCAGAGCUGCCCGGGGAACAGAGCGAUUUGCAUCUUUAAGGACUGUGUAGCAGUGGCCCAAUGUUUUAUUGUCCCUGGUGAUAUAGUUAAUAUGCAUUUUGGUAGUUCGUGGUUUAAUUUAGCUCUGUUGAGGUCCCCAAGGAUUAUGAAGAGGGAGUCUGAGUGCUUCUGUUCCAGGCUGGAUAUCUGCUCAGCCAGGAUUUGCAGUGUAUCCUUCACACUGGCCUGAGGUGGAAUGUACACACCAACCAGGAUGAAGGAGGAGAACUCCCGUUGAUGAACAGUGUCUCCUAGUCUUUGUUGCAGUGUUUGGUUAGUACAGUGAAAUCUGUACACCAACCUUCGUUUAUGUAGAAACAGAUGCUGCCGCCCCUCGUCUUUCCUAAUAGCUCCGAUACACGAUCCGCUCGGAGCAGAUGAAAGCCCGGCAGACGCAAUCCGUUGUUGAGGAUCGUUUCACUGAGCCAGGUUUCAGUGAAAGGAACGUCAGCAGAGCGCGCAAAGUCCUUAUUAGUUCUGUUUUGGAGAAGCAGCUCGUCCAUCUUGUUGGGCAGAGAGCGGAGAUUUGCCAGGCGAAUUGGCGGGAGUGCGGUUCGGAAUGCCCGCUGUCGCAGCUUCACUAGUGCGCCGCCGCGCUUUCAAAGUCAGAGUGAAAGUAAACUUUAUUGUCAUCUCUGCUAUAUACUGUACAGAUACAUAGAGAGAGAAGAUGACGUGGCUCCAGUUUUUUUUCAGUGCAGACGACUUAAAGACACGUAAGAAAUAGGCACGUGGUAAACAAAGUAAAUAAAUAUAAGGUAUACACUAUACUUGGAGAUAGAGGUAGAUUGGGAGACAGUUAGGGUGCAGUAUCAUCCACAAAGGUGGAAAUUAACUUUUACACUGGAUGUGCAAGAGGUUACAAUAGUUAUAUAGGACAAUGUGCGAUAAGUGGCAAAGAGGUUACAAUAGUUAUUACAACAGUUAGCAUCUCCUCCAUGUCCCACAGGCUGCGGCUGCUCCUCUGACUAAGAUCUCCAGAAAAGCUUCCGGGUUUGUCAAAAAUGAUGGGAAACUGUCUGGAGUGCUGCCUAAAAUUCAGCAGUUCUUCUUUAGAAAAAGUAACAUCCAUCCAUCCAUUUUCCAAACCGCUCAUCCUAUUGGGUCGCGGGGGGUCCGGAGCCUAUCCCGGAAUCAAUGGGCACGAGGCAGGGAACAACCCAGGAUGGGGGGCCAGCCCAUCGCAGGGCACACUCACACACCAUUCACUCACACAUGCACACCUACGGGCAAUUCAGCAACUCCAAUUAGCCUCAGCAUGUUUUUGGACUGUGGGGGGAAACCGGAGUACCCGGAGGAAACCCCACGACGACACGGGGAGAACAUGCAAACUCCGCACACAUGUGACCCAGGCGGAGACUCGAACCCGGGUCCCAGAGGUGUGAGGCGACAGUGCUAACCACUGCACCACCAUGCCGCCCCAAAAAUUAACAUUAAAAGUACAAAAGAGCUCAAUACCGAGGCGACCAUCCGCGGCGCCAUUACAUAUGACCGGUAAUGUGUGUGUGUGUGUGUGUGUGUGUGUGUGUGUGUGUGUGUGUGUGUGUGUGUGUGUGUGUGUGUGUGUGUGUGUGUGUGUGUGUGCACAUGUCUAUGUGCAUGCGUGUGUGCGUGUCUGUGUGUAUGUGUAUCAGUCUUGGCACCAAAUCUUGCUAAAUUCCUCAACAGACAUCUGUCUUUUUCUAGCAGAUAAUACCAGAUAUUUCUUAUUGAAUUCAGUUACCUGCUUGUCUGUAUUAUAUGUGUUGCCAAGUGUUUUAAGAUAGUAGAAGCCUUCGUUAAAACGGAACAUAUUGAAUUCGUAUAUUAAUCUGUCAAACUAUGCGCGUCUGUUUAUUCAGCUGAACUACACUAAAGGUCUGCAUAUUAGGCACGGCUUUUAAUGCUUUUUGAUAUAUGUGUUUUGAGGCCCUGUGUAUAAAUGUUGCAAAAAUAGUAUUGAAAUUACCCAAUAAUCAGUUAGUUAGAGUAAAUUUGUUUCUCCUGUAUAUAAAAAAGAACGCAGCCGUCUUGGCCACCCACACUGAAUAACUGCAUGAUUUUAUGGGGAUAUUUAUUUUUACUAUUUGCCCAAUGAACACUCGAGCAUAACUGAUCCUUAUUAAACUUUUAGUAAACAUGGUUGAAUCGAUUAAUCCCACCUCGGAAAAGAUUGUUACCAACAUUAAUUGUACUGAGUGCAUUUCUACUUUUAAUUGAUGAGUAAAUACUACAUUGCCAUUGAAUUUUUGAUAUUUAAACAAUUGAACCAUACAUCUUUUGGGUAAAUAUUAUAUCGCAAUUAAUGUGAUGUGUGUACUUGUGCAGUACCGAUAACAUUUUACUAGGUACAUUUUGUCUUCAAAAAGAAGAGCAGCAUGUCCUAUUCUGAUGGCCAGGUUCAUUGCAUUUACCUGCUUUUUUUCUGAACAUUCUCUGCAAAACAUCAUGACAAUUAAGAAGGUAUUAAACUGCAGAAAUUCGCAGUAAACCUCGGCACCAACUAGCCGCCAUACAAUACAAAUACCGCAGGAAUUCAGUGUACUGAAAGCGCAUAUGGCAGGAAAAACUGAAGAGUAGAAGCUCAGAUCAGAAUGCCAAACCAAGCUACAGAGCUUAGCCUGCGGUUACAGUAUCUGAGAGCUUAGAUGGAUGUAUGGGGUCAAUUUUGGCCAAAUCAACCUGUCAUGCUACAGAAAUGUCCUUCCCCUGAGCACUGGAAAAGAAAAGAAAAGAAAAGAAAAGAAAGGAGUGCAUGGCCAAUAAAAACGCGUGUUAGGUUAGCAUUAAGGCCAUAAUCACAGGACAUUGUACAACCUGGUACCAGUACUGUGACUCUUUAUUGUUCAGUUUUGCUAGUCCAUUUGUAACUUGUGUAUUAUGUUCAUGCCU